AAAUUGAACACUUCCUUUUGCAGGCCCAAAUCGCCUUUCUUCAAGGUGAAAGGAAGGGACAGGAAAAUCUGAAGAAGGAUCUAGUGCGAAGAAUCAAAAUGCUGGAGUAUGCGCUCAAACAGGAAAGGGCUAAAUACCACAAAUUAAAAUAUGGCACAGAACUGAAUCAGGGAGAUAUGAAGCCACCGAACUAUGAUUCUGAUGAAGGGAAUGAGACAGAGAUUCAGCCACAACAGAACAGUCAGCUAAUAUGGAAACAAGGACGACAGCUGUUAAGACAGUAUCUACAAGAAGUGGGCUACACCGACACGAUAUUGGAUGUGAAAUCAAAACGAGUGCGAGCUUUAUUGGGCCUCUCGAGUGAUGCUUCAGAGAAAGAGAACAGAAAUCAAGAGCCAAUGGUAAAUGGCACAGAGGGCCAGAUUAAAGAAAACGCAAUGAUCGGGAAACCUGAAUUGACUGACUCUGCCUCUCUGCUAGAGACCUUCAAGUUUCUUGAAAAUGCAGCUGCAGACUUUAGUGAUGAGGAAGAUGAAGAAGAUAUUGAAGGAAGAGAGAAAACAAUCAUUGAUACCGCAACAAUUGUAAGGAAAAGAGUGCUGUCUGACAGCAGUGAAGACAGAGAUACAGAAGAAGCUUUGAAAGAGUUUGACUUUUUGGUUACCUCAGAUGAUGGUGAUGGGGAAUCGAGAAGUUCGGGAGAUGGAACAGACUGGGAAAAGGAAGACCAGUGUCUCAUGCCUGAAGCCUGGAAUGUCGACCAGGGAGUUAUAACCAAACUCAAGGAACAAUACAAAAAGGAGCGCAAGGGGAAAAAGGGGGUGAAGAGAAAAACUACCGAAGAUAUGUUUCAGCCUCAAUCCUAUAUAAAACAGUCAAAACAGGGAUGUGGGAAAAUGAUGGAGCAAAGCACAGGGCCCAACAGGUCAAAGCUGCAAGAUAUGCUUGCAAACUUGAGAGAUGUUGAUGAUCUCCCUUCAUUGCAGCCAUCUGUUGCACCUUCUUCUAGGCCCAGUAGCUCAAGGCUCAUUGAACAUGAGAUAAACAGGACGGAUGAAGUGGAAGCUUUAACAUUCCCUCCCUCCUCAGGGAAAUCUUUCAUUAUGGGAACAGAUGAAGCCCUUGAAAAUGAACUGGGUCUUGGAGAACUGGCAGGCCUUACUGUAGCAAAUGAGGCAGAUUCGCUGACUUACGAUAUAGCCAACAAUAAGGAUGCAUUGAGAAAGACUUGGAACCCCAAAUUUACGUUAAGAAGUCACUUUGAUGGAAUAAGAGGUCUCGCUUUUCAUCCGGUUGAACCAGUCUUAAUAACAGCUUCAGAAGACCAUACAUUAAAAAUGUGGAAUUUACAAAAAACAGCCCCAGCAAAAAAGAGUGCUUCUCUUGAUGUAGAGCCAAUAUAUACCUUCCGAGCGCAUAAUGGACCAGUGCUCUGUGUGGUGAUGAGCAGUAAUGGUGAGCAGUGCUACAGUGGGGGAACGGAUGGCCUCAUCCAUGGCUGGAACACAACCAACCCGAACAUCGACCCCUAUGACUCUUACGAUCCAUCUGUUCUAAGAGGUGCUUUUGUAGGCCAUACUGAUGCAGUGUGGGGUCUGGUUUACAGUGGAGCUCACCAGCGCUUGCUGUCCUGUUCAGCAGACGGCACUAUACGUUUAUGGAAAGCUACAGAAAUUGCUCCAGCUCUCAAUAUAUUUAAUGAUAAUCAAGAAAUGGGAAUCCCUUCAUCAGUAGACCUUGUGAGCAGUGACCCAAGCCUCAUGGUAGCAUCAUUUAACAGUGGGCACACUAGCAUUUUUAACAUGGAGACACGGCAACGAAUUCUUACCCUGGAGUCCAGUGUGGAUACUACAGUCAGCUCUUCCUGUCAGAUAAACAGAGUCAUCAGCCAUCCAACUCUUCCAAUUAGUAUCACUGCUCAUGAAGACAGACACAUCAAAUUCUACGACAAUAAUACAGGAAAACUGAUCCACUCCAUGGUGGCUCACUUAGAUGCAGUUACAAGUUUAGCUGUUGAUCCUAAUGGCUUGUAUUUGAUGUCUGGCAGCCACGACUGCUCGAUUCGCUUGUGGAAUCUGGAAAGCAAGACCUGCAUUCAAGAAUUUACCGCUCAUCGCAAAAAAUUUGAUGAGUCCAUUCAUGAUGUGGCAUUCCACCCAUCCAAAUGUUAUAUUGCCAGUGCAGGAGCAGAUGCCCUGGCUAAAGUGUUUGUAUGACAGAGUGUUUGCCAUUCAACUUUAGCAUUGUAUAUAUUUAACCAGCUGCACAAAAGAGAAGAGGAGGGCAUGAGUUGUUUUAUCUUGCCCUAUAAUUCAGAGAAUGUUUGUAAGUGUUUAGUUUUGCAGGGUGCUGUUUUCUAAAAUGACAUUUGUUCUGGUUUCUGUGAGCUCAGCUGGUGCUGAGAGCUUGGAAUCUCUCAGUUACAAAUAGUUAAAAAAAAAAAAAAAAAGCUUUUAUUUAGGGGGUGUGAAUUUUCGUCCAGGCAGGCCUUGGGUGAAACUAGGUCUACAUAUUCUCUAUUAAUAAAAUGGAGUACUGGAGAAAAGGGGUCUAAUUGCAUCAGGGAGUAGGAAAAGAGGGAAACUUCCUAGGAUGCUUCUCAUGGAGGAAUCUUAAUGUACUCAAAUCACCUGGAAAAAGUGAUUCAAAGUCAGUUCACUUUCUCAUAUCAUGUGAGAGGCACUUGGUCAUCCCUUUGGUAUGAAUAAAGUAGAUCUUGUUCAGAGAGCAGUAGCGGAUAGUUAAUUUCAGCCACCUGGCUGCUAGCCUAAAAUAAAUGCAAUUAAAGGAAGGCAAAUUACUAACAUAAAUUAAAAUGCAGUAAAGUUUCUGUUGCAUCUUCUGUGUUUCUCAGUAAAUAUUUAGUUUGCAAAACAAUUUAUAUAAUUUUUUUAAGACUGUAUUAGCGUAUGGCUAGAAACUGAGCCUUUAGUCUAAAUCCCAAUUAACAACAGACUGACACAGUCUGUGUAUACUGUAGUAGCAAAUUUAACUUAUUCAGAUUUUAAUGCUGUUUAUUCUUGGAGAUCUGGCACAAGAAAUUAUCACAAGGCUUUCCAAAGAAGCUCUCUUACAAUUUUAGCUAUCAAACAUUCAUCUCCUCUUUCUGUUCCUGCUAAAAAGGGUAUCAUUCUGGGCAUUAAGGAUGAACAGUGAAAUACUUCAUUUGAAGAUUAAAUCUGAUGCUUUGUUUGAGUCCUUUUAUUGGAAUAGGUAGGAACUAUACAGAGUUCCAUCAGUUUGAGAGAUUCUGCUACUGCUAGAGAUAUUUCCCAGCUGCACCAUUUGAGGUACUUUUUACCUUGUCGACUUUACCGGGUGUAUGUGCCAUUGACUGGGUUACCUGAAGAAUGACUAAAUACUCAACAGAUGUGCUUUGUUUAUCUAUUCAGAGCUUCUCUGUUGAUUCGACAAAUAAUUUCUAAUGCAAUCUGUUAAUAUUUUUAUCCCUUCUUAAAGGAAGGUGAGUAGAUUCUUUUAUGUUAUGUGUCAUCAUCAGAAUUAUUACUAUUCAUAAGCAUGAAGCUGGUGUUUUUCUCUGAUGGGAAUGGAAGCAGAAUUUCUGCCGGAGUUGAUUUCUGGUGCAGAUAUGAGUAGGAAAGAAUCCAGUGCAACUCUUCAUAUACCAGCCUGAGGUUAAGACUGGAAACUGAUAAAUAAAUCUUUACCUUUAAACUGACACUUCAUAAGCAGGAGUCAUUGAAAGAUAUCAACGUAAGGUUUGACUAUGUUGUUUCUAGAGUGCCAUUUGGGGAUGGGACCACAUUUGAAGUUGAUCUCAGAGUUUAAACCAAGUAUAUUAUUUAGAAUAAAAGGUUGACCUGUGCUGUUUGAGCCUGCAACACAUUAUAUGUACUGCUAAAAUAUCCUGGAAUACCUUUUAUUGCUCAGAAUAUUCACAUAUGUCACUUCAUGAUAUUGAUAUGCAAUAUAUUUCCUUAGAUAAGAUUAGAACUUUUACCAUGAAACAGAUGACUACAAUAAUAAUACAGAUUAUUUAGUUUUUAUAAAAUGUUUUGGUUAUGAUGAAAAGGAGGAAACUUGGCUGCAAAACUGAGCAUUCAACUUUGUGAGAGUUCUGUGUACUUGACUCAUAUUCUUUCAGUGUCAUCAUUUUAUUUCUUUUUGAAG